GUCGGUAAAUAUAUCAACUGUAUCCUCUUUUGAGUCAAUAGCUUUAUGAGAGUGGGCUACUGGUUGCUACGUAAGGGUAAAUCGAUAGUAGUAGGCAGUGAUCGUUGAAUGAUAUCGGACAGCAACUGUCUGCUACUGUAAAACGCACGGAGCAGAUAAGUUGCGAAGGCGUUGCGCCAGGGUAGGCUACAAGGGCUGUUGCAGAAGACACGGGAACAGAUCAUUGUUGACUCGAACUUGGAUAGAUCGCCUGCUGCGUUUAUUGUCGUAUUGAAAUCAAAAGAAAGGCGACAAAAUGGAUGAACCGGAGUCGAAAAGUGGAUAUUUCAUCCGUAAGAGUCAAAUGGUUGCUGCCGUUGUUUUGGCAGGAUGUCUUUGCCUCAUGGUCGGACUGAUGUGCGGUCUCUUACCCCAGACUGAGAUCUGCGAGGCGCCUCCGGUCGAAGGGGUGGUCAAUGAUGCUGAGAGCGCUGGUGACGUACCCAAACACGAUGCCGGACCCGGCGUGACCAAUAAUGAGGAGUGGCACGAAUUACGGCUACCGACCACCGUCAAGCCAACUCACUAUCAUCUACUACUUCAUCCCAAUCUGACCACGAAUUACUUCACCGGUGAAGUCACCAUCGAUAUUACAGUCACCAACGAUACAAAGUACCCUCGCCUCCACAUCAAAGCUAUGGACAUCGUAGAUGAAACUGUUAAGAUCACAGACAUGAAUGAUAAUGAGCAAGCCAUAACGCGUGUCUUUAGAUACGAGCCAAACGAGUUUUUGAUCAUGGAAAUGGAAAAUGCACUCGUACCAGGUGACUAUCAUCUAUACAUCGAAUUCGGUGGAUGGUUGAAUCAAACGAUCGUCGGAUUCUACAAGAGUGUGUAUGUGGAUGCACAGGGCCAAGACAGAGCUAUUGCCACCAGUAAAUUCCAACCGACAGACGCCCGCAGAGCUUUCCCAUGUUUCGAUGAGCCAGCUUUCAAGGCCAACUACACGACAUCGCUGGUUCAUCCUGAAGACUACAUCGCCCUCUCCAAUAUGGAUGUCAGGGUGACAGAAGAUUAUGAAAAUGGAUUGGAGGUAACGCAUUUUAACCCCUCUGUUCCCAUGAGUACCUACUUGGCCUGUUUCAUCGUUUGUCAAUUCGAAUACAAGGAAAUGAACACUUCGAGCAACAUACCGUUCCGUGUCUAUGCCCCGAAGGACGUCAUCGAUCAAGUGGACUAUUCCUUGAUGAUCGGUGUCAAUAUCACCGACUUUUAUGAAGAAUACUUUGAUCUCGGCUACCCACUGCCUAAACUUGACAUGAUAGCGAUUCCCGACUUCGUUAGCGGCGCCAUGGAACACUGGGGCCUCAUCACCUACCGCGAAACAAACCUUCUGUAUGAUGAGCAAGGAUCGUCGGAAGGCAAUAAAGAACGAGUGGCUGCCGUGGUGGCUCACGAGCUAGCCCACAUGUGGUUUGGUAACAUCGUGACAUGUGAUUGGUGGGAUGAUCUUUGGCUUAAUGAAGGCUUUGCUAGCUAUAUGGAAUACCCCGGAGUUAACAGUGUAGAGCCAGACUGGAAAAUGUUGCAAGGUUUUGUGACCAGUGACCUUCAUUACGUAAUGGGACUUGAUCAGAUUGUGUCUUCUCAUCCAAUAAUUGUCGAAGUCAAUCACCCGGACGAGAUUAAUGAAAUAUUUGAUUCGAUUCCAUACAGCAAGGGUGCCUCUGUUAUACGUAUGCUCAACAACUUUUUAGGAGAAGAUGUCUUCAGAGCUGGAGUUUCGGAAUUCUUGAAAUUCUAUCAAUAUGGAACAGCGGUUACCGACAACCUGUGGGAUAAAUUGUCAGAGGCAGCUGCAGAAGAUGGAACUACCAUUGAUGUGAAGAGGGUAAUGGAUACGUGGACUCUCCAGAUGGGGUUCCCCGUGGUUACCAUGGAGAAGGUGGUCAUUGGGGGCGACUAUUUCCUCAAAGGAACACAGGAUUGGUUCUUGGUAGAUCCUAACGCCAACAAGAGUGCCGACCUUUACGGAAGUCCUUAUGGUGACUACCUUUGGGAGAUUCCUUUUCACUUCCGGUUUGAGAAUGACCUGAGCGAUGAGAAACGUGAAUGGAUAUGGCGAAACAACAGCGAAUUUACGACACCUUGGGUCGGGGAUGUGGACGACUUCUACGUGGCAAAUACAUUUCGAAUGGGCUAUUAUCGUGUUAACUACGAUCCAGAUACGUGGAACGCGCUAGGGGAACAGCUCCAGCUCAAAUUUGAUGAUAUUGAUGAGACUGAACGUGCCGGGAUCAUCGAUGACGCUUUCAAUUUAGCACGAGCAAGUCAGGUGGAUUACAGCGUAGCUCUAAAUAUGACGAAAUACCUGACGUCAGAGACGGAGUAUGUACCUUGGGAUACAGCAAGGGAUAGCUUGUUGUGGCUCGGUGAAAUCAUGAGAUUCCAACCUGGUUAUGGUCUUUACAGAAGAUAUGUUCAAGAUUUAACAGACGCUAAAUACAUGGAGCUUGGUUGGAGAGAUGACGGGACCCAUCUAGAAAAGUUUCUAAGGUCUGACAUCAUUGACCUUGCGUGUCGUCAUGGUAACACGGCGUGUUUGGACGAAGCAGUGCGGAUAUUCUACGAAUACCUCAAUGGAUCGACCGUUUCUCCCGACCUGAUGUCCGAUAUGUUCCAGUUCGGCAUGCAGAAGGUCGGCGGACAGGAAGAGUGGAAGAUACUCUUUGAGAACUACCAGAAGUCCGACGUCUCGCAGGAGAGAACCCGACUUCUUUACGGGAUGGCACAGACGAGAAUCCCGUGGAUCCUUGCCGACUACCUGGACAUGCUGCUGAUAGACGACAGCCCGAUCAGAUCUCAAGAUUUCUUUAGCGUCGUUGGCUAUGUAGGAGAUAAUCCUGUUGGGAAUCCAAUCGCAUGGGACUGGGCCAGAGUAAGGUGGCCUGAUAUUGUGGCAAAGUUUGGCAUUGGAUCUCGUUCUCUUGGACGUAUGAUUCCUGGGCUGACUGAAUUCUAUUCCACAGAACUUUCUCUCCAAGAGAUGAAGGACUUUUUCGAAGAAUAUCCUGAGGGCGGGGCUGGUUCCCGAGGUAGACAGCAGGCCCUGGAACGUGUACAAGGAAACAUCAACUGGGUUGAAGCAAAUGCUGAUGUAGUGUACCAAUGGCUCCAAGAGAACAGAAUCUCCUCAUAAUAACAAUAUUAUUGAAAUGAUUAUACAAAUUGAUUAUUAAGCCAGAUUGGAAUGAUAGAUGGGCAAUUCGAUGAAAUAAUCGACCUUUUGUACAUCCGAUCCCCCAUUUUUCUCAAGUUUACACCACUUCAUAAACUGACAAAGUUAUAUGAUCAUUUGAGAGCAUUAAAGACUUUCAUAAGGACCAGAAGUCAAAAACAGAAAAUUUCAUGAAGGUCUCCCAUACAUGGGGUCGGACGUACAUAUUUUAUGGAAUUACCCAGACGCAACCAACUUUUUUUUAUCAUCCUACGAAUUGUCAUCUAGUUCGUAGUUCUUGGCAAUGAUUUCAUUUGAAGAUUUGAAAUAAUCGAAAUUAUCAAUGAAUACAAGAAUAAUACAAAUGGGAGCAUACGUGCAUUUAUUUGUGUUGAAUGGUGUUUUGAGCAGUGACAUUUAAUGUUAUUAUUUGUGUUGAAUGGUGUUUUGAGCAGUGACAUUGAAUGUUAUUUUUGUAAAGGUUUUUAUGGCGGUCCGAACAACCUGCCGAUAAAACCCCUCGGUAAACUCAUUUUGCAACAGAAAACAUAUGUAAUGAAUUGAAGUACAGAAAUUAAAAUUUAUCAUAGUUCCAAUGAAUUUAGAAAAAAAAAUCAACUUCACAGAUAAGAAACUGACACUGAAUAUCAAAAUCGUUUACGAUAUAGUGUAAUGAUAAAGGUUUUUGAGAAAUAUUUCAAAUAUCAUAGAGGGAGUAUCACACUAAACACUUAUGAUAGUAUUUACAUACGUGCAAACUUAGAUAAUAAAUUGGAAUGAGUUAAUAAAAUAUACACUCAUGACAAACAGAUAUUUACCGACAAGAGAUUAAAUUCGUCAUUAUCUUCUGUUUGUUUGUGUUAUAUCGGGCAAAUCUCUUGAGAUUUAUUUUGUUCUUCCGAGGUAACAAAAAUUUUAAUAGGAAUGCACAAAAUUGUGAAUACAUUUGUAUAGCUGUUCUAUGUUGAUAUUUGUAAAGUUUGUUGUGCUGUCUAUGUAAUCAUGGUAAUCGUUUGUAGUUCCCAUCUGUUAUCUUUCAUUCAACGAUAUAUAUUACAUGAAUAUCGAUGGUAUCUAGAUAGUUCUGACUGAAUAUUUCAAGAAGAAAUUGCAUGUUAAAGAAAAAUAUGGUAAGAUUACAAACGAUUUCUUCUUUUUAAGAUUAAUAUUUUUUCAGGUUUUAAGCGUUUUCAAUUUGUCUGAACAUCUCUUUCGAAGUGCCUGAAUUCAGACGUCAUACAUUCGUCUAUAAUUGUAUUUUACACCAAAGAAAUGUGAUUAAACAGAGUAAAGAUAUUAAAUGAUUUGUCACCAAAGCAAUAUGGUAAUAAACGGUGUAGCUAUAUUAAGUCA